AUGGAAAAUCUUCAAACGGAAGUACUUGAAAUUGAAUUUACAGGAUUUUCACAUAGUUUUAAAACAAUAUCUGAUUUGGAUUUUGCUGAAAUACUUUUACGUUAUACAGAUUUUGAUCGUAAUACAAAAAAAUUCAUUUUAAAAAGAGUUAAAAGAUUAACAGAUCAUUCAGAUGGUAUUACAUUUGAACAAUUUAAACACUUCUUUGAAUUUCUUAAUAAUCUUGAAGAAUUCAGUAUUGCUAUGCGUUUUCAUCAAUUAUCAAAUAAACCAAUUUCACAAGCGGAAUUUCAACGAGCUGUAAAAAUUUCAACUGGUUUUGAACUUGAACCAAAUAUAAUUGCUCUUAUAUUUCGAAUUUUCGAUGCAGAUGGUGAUCAACAUUUAAGUUACGAUGAAUUUAUGUCUGUCAUGAAAAAUCGACUUUCUCGUGGUUUUCAGACAUCUGAUUCUUCUGAAGUAUCAAAUUCAAAGUUUGAUCAAUUUAAACAUUGUUUUCGUGACCGAGCUAAUUCUAUUGAACAACGACAACAACAGACAAAUAUUGUUGUUGAUAAUUAUUUAUCAUCAUCAUCAACUUCAUUAUCAGAAAUAAAUGAUGAACAUAAACAACAAUCUAUUGAAACACCAGUAACAACUAUUAAAAAGAAACGCACGAAAUGGCAUGUAUAUGAUACAGUAGCCAAAUUUUUAUUAAAAAAUCGUUUUUAUUUAACUGCUCUUGAAUUUUAUACUGAAUUAUUAGAAAAUGGAUAUGAUUUACCACGUUUACGUGAAUAUUUUUCUAAUCCAGCUAAUUUUGAAGGUUCAUCAAUAACAUCAAUUAAUAAACAAUCAACAUUUAUUCGUAAUCUUAGUCAUUAUGCUGAUGAUAGUGUAUCACUUGGAGGUGGUGGAAAUGGUGAUUAUCUUCCUCGAACAUCAAGUAGUCAAACAUUUGACUCAACAUCUAUUGAUAAUAUAACACGUUAUUCGGAAGAUAUUGAUUGGCAAAAUGGAAAUGGUAGUGGUGGAGCAAUGACCAGUGCUAGUGGAAUUGGUGAAUUACGUGUUAAUGAUGAACGUGUUGCUGUUUUAGAAUUUGAAUUAAGAAAAGCACGAGAUACAAUACAAGAAUUAAGGCAAACAUUAACUUAUGAUUCAGCCGAUGAACAACAACAACAAAAUAAAAAAUCAGAAGAGAGAAAUGGAAAAUAUCAAGUUCAUCCAUUCUCAUCGAAUUCAACACAAUCAUUAAUUCCAUCAGGAUUAACUGUUCGUCCAUUUGAACGUCGUGCAUUAAAUUUUUUAGUUAAUGAACAUCUUUUAACAAAUAAUUAUAAAUUAACUAGUGUAACAUUUGGAGAAGAAAAUGAUACAUCAGAUUUAGAAGAUUGGGAUAGUGUUGGAUUAAAUUGUGCACGACCACCUGAUUUAAGUCAAUUAUAUCGUUGGUAUUGUCAUCAAUUAUGUAUUGAAGAUGAAAAACCUAAAAAAGAAGAUUUUACAAUGUUAGUUAAUUUUGAUGAAAAUUUUCAGGAUGAAUAUAAAAAUUUAAAAAUAUCAGUACAACAAAUGCAACUUGAUGUAAUUGAAUAUAAUAAACGAAUAAAUCAUAUAGAAGAAGAAAAAUUACAUCUUAAUGAAGAAAUUCAUUCAAUACAACAUGAAAAGAAAAAUCUUUUAAUACAAUUACAACUUUUACAAAAUCGUUUAACAUCUGAUGAAACAUCAAAUUCAAUAAAAAUGGAAGAUACCAUACAAUUGAAUUCAUCUAGACAUUUACCACAAGUUUAUCGACGUGCAUUCGAACGUCAUUCAUUAUCUUAUCAUAUUAUUGAUGAUAAACAAGAUGAAGAAAUUGAAUUAAAUAAUGAUUCUGAACAAAAAAUACUUGAAAAUGUUAUUCAUGAAUUAAAUACACUCUCACUUGAUCAAAAAGAUUUUUUAGAUUUAAUUGUACGAACUAUUAUAAAAGUUAAUUUAAGUUUAAUUGGAUCAAAAAAAUUAGAUCUUGUUCCAUUAACAAUCUACACAUCAAUAUUACAUCCCAAAAAUGAUGAACGUGAUCGUUUACUUAAAACAUUAUUUAAUCUAUAUAAAAAUCCUUCAUUUCAACAACGACAAGUUUUAUUACAUGCUUGUCUUUGUUUUGCAAAACAAAGUGGUCCAUUACGUGUACAUGCUGAAUUAUUACCACAAUGUUGGGAAAAUUUAAAUAAUAAAAUUGAUGAAAGACGUUGUCUUGUUGCUGAAGCAUGUGGAAUAUUAACACCACAUUUACCUAAAGAUAUUCGUGUUAGUUUAAUAUUUUCAAUGUUACAACAAAUGCUUGCUGAAGAUAAAUGUGAUCAAGUACGAUGUGUAUGUAGUAAAAGUUUAGCAAUGGUUAUUAAUGAAAUAGAUGAUGAAACUCGAUUGUCUCAAUGUAUUGAAUUACUUGAUAGAUGUCUAUUGGAUACAUCUGAUGUUGUACAAUCAGCUAAGAAAUAUCUAUUACCAUCCAUUGCUAUGUGGUGUCUUGAAUUAAAUAAAGUUUGUUCUGUUUUAAUAGAACAUUAUUUAAUUAAAAUUGAAUCUCUUGUUCAAAAUAUUCAAAGUCCAUCAUCACUUGAUAGUCAACGUUUUAUUCAAUUCAUCCAUAUAUUAACUAAUUUAAUUGUAUUUAUUUUUGCAUCUGCUUUGAAAAGUAUGACAUUAGAUAAUGAUCUUUCUCAAGCGAUGUCAUCAACACGAAUAUUACCUGAUGCAACAUCAUCAGAAUUCUAUCAAUUAAAUAUGAUUUUAUCUCCAAAUAGUGAAAAAUUACUUAAUCAUUAUGAUCAAUGUGCCAUUAAUGGAGAAUUUCCAUUUACAGACCAAAUUCAAUCAUAUUUAGAUGCUUUUUUAAAACGUUCAUUUGACACAUUGGCAGUUAUUGAUAUAAUGAAUGGAAAAUUAAUUCAUGCAUGUAGUGAAUUUAUUAAAACGAUUGGUCGGUAUUUUGGAAGAAAUUUUUGGAAAUUAAAAAGUUUACGAAAGAAAUAA